UGAAAUGUAUGUUAUUUAUACACAGUCUUGGAGGAUCAGCAGGUGGUUGGCACAGCUGGAGAUGUAGGAUUGCCAUCGGUCAAUCCUCAUGGAUUAUGCAACAUAUCUAUGUGGAUGUCUUUGAAAGUAGAGUAAAUGCACAUUAAGGGGGUCAUGAUGGACAUCCUCAAAUAACAAGCGACCAGCCGACACGUGUGUAGCUGUGAUCUGGUGAGAACCCAAAACCCGUCUUAUUUUCAUUUGUCUGAUUGCAGUUUUCUUUCUUCAUUGUCACGUUGUCGACAGCAGAACAGCCUCAAGAAAAGGUCUCUGCCGCCUAUGAAGUUUUUAGAGGGUGAAGUCAUUUGGGCAAAGUUCAACCGAAGACCAUGGUGGCCGUGUGAGGUGACCGUUGACCCGACACAGGGAAUCUAUCACAAAGUGAAAGAGCCGAGUGACCGUCCCUGUCGGCUCUACCAUGUCCGGACCUUUGGGGAGCCUGUGGAGCUCACCUGGGUGGAGGACAGAGCGACUCGCAGUUUCCACGGAGGCUUUGAAUUUGAACAGCUCCCCCUACUUCGCAAGAGGGGGAAGCAAAAGGAGCAGAACUACAAAUACACUAUUGCAAAGCGUUUUCAGGACUCUUGGGAAACCAGUGUGGCAGAAGCUGAAUCUGUUCUCCAAGAGAGACCCAAAAUAGCUUCCUUCAUUCCUUCGUCCCGAGACGAUGCCUUCCAUGACAGUUCUACACCGAAGAGAGAGAACAAGGCCCAUCCGGCCCUUCCUCCCUCCACUUCACUAACCCUUCCUGAGACCUUGCACAUUACCAAUGGAUCCAUUUCAUCCCCAAGUACAACUUCAGCAAAGACAAGCACUUUAAGGAAUUCUUCUGGCAAGAAGAAACUAAGUAAAUCGUCAAAGGAUACGAGUAGUAAAAACUCUAAAAAGACGUUGCAUAAUAGCCCUGAUCAAUCAGAUCAAGACAAUGGAGAGUGCCCCUAUUCUGACCUCGACUCAGUCCCGAAGAUUUUGUGUCCCAAAGCACUUGAACGUCAGUCAAAGCUAGCUCCGAUUCCACCACCUAUCACAGUUGUCAAAGAGGUGAAAAAGCAGCCAGGGAUUCAGAGUGGUCUUUGGUUCAGUAAAUCUGGCAAAGACAGAAGACCUAAAACAUCCAGUCUGGUGCCAGACCGCACUCUGUUUGGCAAGGUGUCCUGUAAGAAAAAGAACUCCUCUAUUCUAAGUAAAAAGUAUCAGAUUCGUAGUGCGUCCUCGUCCAGUGGUGGGCCCACUGACCAGUCAGGGUUGUCAGACAAGCAUAAGACUCCGGUACCUGCUGAAACAAAUCAGUCGCCUGAACAGUACGGACAUUUAAAGUGUAAAAACACCCCAAUUGUUGAUGGGCCUUUUGGUACAAUUGGCAGUCCGACUGACAAGUCAAGAUUGUCAGACAAGCAGAGGCCACUUGUCGCUGUUGAGACUGAUGUGCCCUCUUUCAAGUGUGGAUAUGCAAAGGUUAGACAGACGCCGAGUAGUACAGUUGACAUUGUUCCUGGCUCAACGUCAGGCCAAUUAGGUUGCUCCGAUGUGAAAAAGGACUUAGAGCCCAGUCCAGUAAGUUUCAUGAACCAAAGUAGGUUGAGUGAGAGAGUCAGUCAAACUCAACAUUCUGACUUCAUGGCUGAUAAGAAGAUCUGUGCAAUUGAGAGGAUUUCUGACAGAGCAGAAGAAAAAGAAAGUAACAAGAAUACAGCGUCCACUUUAAAUGUUGACACUACUGACCCAUUAGCAAGUCUAGACAAACAAACAAGUCUUGUUUCUAAGUGUAGGCUGCCUUUUGUCAAAUUGAUACGCAAGGAAAUACAAGGUAAGAAGUUUCUGAACUCCAGAGUAACCAUUAGUCCCGAGGACCAACCUAGAUGUACAAAGAAUGAGAAAACACCAGAUACUGCUGUGACUAAAAUGUCCUCUAAACCAUCAGAAUGGGUUGACGGCAAGGCAAGUGUCUCCAUAGAUCAGGCUGUCAGUUCAGAAUCCACAAAGGUCCCGGUUAAGAAGUUAAAAACAAGCGGUGGUACUGCUAUUCUUCGUCUCUCGUCAGAAUCGUGUGAAGGUAAAACUAUAGUUGCCUCAGAUGUGGCAAGUGUGUCUGAGUUAGGAAGCCCAGAAACUGUAAAUGUAAGCCCAAGCAAUGUGACUUACUCAUCCUCUAACCAAUCAGAACAGUCCGAACGUAAGAAGACUCAUGCAUCCAAAGCAACAAGCAUGUCCUCUGAACAAUUGGGCAAUUCAGAGCAAAACAUUGUAUCUACGAGUACAACUUGUAAUACAACUCCUCCACCUUCUCACCGGCAUGGCAAUUUAGCCUGUAGGAAAUCUCUUGUGCCCGAAGGCCCCUGUUCUGCUAAAUCCAAGAAAGCUGUCCACAAAUCAACGCAGGUUCUUGAUGAAGUCAAUAAAGUCUUACUUCAAGAGCAGCCUGCCCACCUCCCUGCCAGCGGUCGUUUGAUGACCAGAGCCCUGAAGGCAAUGCAGGAGGCAGAUCAGAAGAAGCGGGAAAAAGCCCAAAAGGAGACUGAGCAGCGAAAACUCUUCAAUCCAGACAGGAAAUCUGAGGAGCAUGUGUGUAAUUCUGCGCAUAACUCCAAACUGGACUUUUGCAGUCAAAUGAAAUCUCUUAAACCUCUCGCUAACAAUGGCGAGUGUCAUCAGGAAAUUCUUUCUAGCUGUAGUACCCCCACUUCGACAUUGUCUGACUCGGAUGGUGGUGUCAAGAGCGAAGAUGAAGAUAUCUCAAUAUCCUCAACUCCUCCAAUGGACUUCAUACCGCUGACUUCUAGGGUAAAGGCUAAGAAGGAAGAUCUUCCCUCUGGCAUACACUCCUUGUCCUCCCCUUCCUCACCGUUUUCUUUCAUGAAUGACUUCAAAAAUGUGGAGGAGGUAUCCUUCCAGUCCCUGGCAAAUGGGGGCGACAGUAAACCCAUCUCUUUCAAACCAGACGCAAACUACAAGUUCAGCACUUUUCUCAUGAUGUUGAAAGACCUGCAUGACACGAGAGAGCGAGAGGGGACCCCCUUAGAACUGGAAAUUGGGCCACCGAGUGCACAUGUUAAGAAGGAACCCUUAUUGAUGCCUGGGGAGGCGACACCCGUAGGCCAAGAUCGACAAAUUGAACAUAGUAAUAUAAAUCUGUUUUUAGGUCCAGACCUAAUUGAAAUCAAACACAAUGAGAAGAGCACAAGUCAGAUGUCCAAAAGGCCCUAUAAUAGAAGGAGCAGCGCCAGCGCGGUGAAAAAGAAAGCCAACUGCAAAGUGCCUUGUCGUCCUGUCAGAUCUGGACCUGGUUUCCCAGGACUGGAGUCCCUGCCAGCAACGGACUCUUCAUCAGGAGUGGAUUGCUCAUCAAGAGUCCAGUCCCUGUUGGGCAUACAGACCAGCCUCUGGAACAGGCAAGCUGCAGGCGGUGAAGGAGUAGUCGGGGAGGACAUGGAGGAGGAUGGGUGGGGCAAAGUAAAUGAGAAUCUGCAGAACAUGGUGCCUUUGGAGCAGAGGGGGUGCGACACCACGCUGUGUCUGGAACAGCUGAAUGGCCUCGCCGCAGACUGCACUGAGAGUCUCACGAGCUUGAUGCACGACGCUGGAGAAAGUGAGAAGGCUCCAAAAGCACACAAACGAAUUAGAAAACCAAGCAAGCGGCUGAUCGAAUGGACUGAAGAGUACGAUCAGAUUUUCUCAACCAGGAAGAAAACCAAAAAGCCUCUCCAGUUGAUUGGAAAGGACACUCAGCCCAUCUUGGCCAUGUCCGAACCGCCGGAAUCGGACAACAGCGCACACGACCAGCCAUCCGUGGACUUGCUUCCUGAAAUACAGACGCCACCUCCCGAGGAAAUUGCUGCAACACCGCCCGCUGAACUACAAAUUCCCGGGACUGAAAACACAUCCCCCCAAGAUGCAUCGGUGCUUUCCGUCGACACACUAACCCCUCCUCCUGAAUCUGACGUCUCGCUGACCGAAGGACCCGUCAAAGGCAACGGAAAAGUUCCCGUACUGGAGAAGAAGCGGAAGAGGAAACCCACUCAGAAGAUCCUGGAGUAUUGUAUCGAGGCAGAGGCCUCGACGGUCCCUAAGAAGAAGGUGAAAACAAUGAAGAACAACUCAAAUCCUGAUCCCCAAUCAGAUUCCGGACCGCCAGCUUUACUAUCGAAGAGUAAGCAGCUCGUCGCCUCCAGCUCCACGCCGACGCCAACCGAGGCGUCCGCCUGUGCGCCCGCAGAGGCCCCUCCCAGCCCUCCGGCCCCCUCCUCUCCGGCACCGGCGCUGCCGCCGGAACCCGCCCACGUGGAGACGGCGUCGGAAGACCUCGAUGUCCCUCAAGCAGAAGACAAAAGGGACACGGCGGAGUCGGAGGGCGACCUGUCCAGCUUGGAUCAAAGCUUCUCCUCCAUGAAGGACUACUUGUCGCUGUGUGACGAUUCACUUUUACCCUCCAGGAAGAUCAUAGGAGACAGAGGAGGUCCGGCCUCCAUGAAGGAGAACAUAUGUCAGGUGUGUGAGAAGACGGGGGAGCUGCUGCUGUGCGAGGGCCAGUGCUGUGGAGCCUUCCACCUGCACUGCAUCUCGCUGGCCGAGGCCCCGAAAGGGAAGUUCGUCUGUCCGGAGUGCAAAUCGGGCGUCCACACCUGCUUUGUGUGUACAAAGCGCAGUGAGGACGUGCGUCGCUGUAUGAUUCCCGUGUGUGGGAAGUUCUACCACGGCGAGUGCAUCGCCAACUUCGCCCCGACGGCGCCUGUGAACCGAGGCUUCCGCUGCUCCAUCCACGUCUGCCUCACCUGCUUCAUCGCCAACCCCAACAGCUCGUCCAUCUCUAAAGGUCGCCUGGUCCGGUGUGUGCGCUGCCCGGUGGCCUACCACGCCACAGACCUCUGCAUGGCGGCGGGCUGCGUCGUGCUCUCCAACAACAGCAUCAUCUGUCCCAACCACUUCGCCCCCCGCCGCGGCGUCAAGAACCACGAGCACGUCAACGUCAGCUGGUGCUUUGUCUGCACCGAAGGGGGCAGUCUGCUGUGCUGUGAGUCUUGUCCGGCUGCGUUCCACCGGGAGUGUCUCAAAAUUGAGAUGCCGAAAGGCAGCUGGUUCUGCAACGACUGCAAGGCUGGGAAGAAACCUCGCUUCAAGGACAUCCUCUGGGUGAAGGUUGGCCGCUACAGGUGGUGGCCGGCGGAGGUCAGCCAUCCCAAAACGAUCCCGGAGAACAUCCAGCGGAUGAAGCACGAUGUCGGGGAGUUUCCCGUUCACUUCUUCGGCUCCAACGAUUACCUGUGGACGUACCAGGCCAGGGUCUUCCCUUAUAUGGACGUGGACGCCAACAGCAAGGAGAAGAUGGGGAAAGGCGUCGACGCCACCUACAAGAAAGCUUUGGAGGAGGCGGCUGUUCGAUUUCGUGAGCUGCAGGCGGAGAAGGAGCUUCGGCAGCUUCAGGAGGACAGGAAGAACGACAGGAAGCCUCCUCCGUACAAACACAUUAAGGUGAAUCGACCAAUAGGGAAGGUGCAGAUCUUCACGGCCGACCUAUCGGAGAUCCCGCGAUGUAACUGCAAGGCGACCGACGAGAGUCCGUGUGGGAUGGACUCCGAGUGCAUCAACCGCAUGCUGCUGUACGAAUGUCAUCCGCAGGUUUGCCCGGCGGGCGAGCGCUGCCUCAACCAGGCGUUCAGCAAGCGUCAGUACAGCCAGGUGGAGAUCUUCAGGACGCUGUCUCGGGGCUGGGGAAUCCGCUGUGCCCACGACAUCAAGAAGGGCCAGUUUGUGAGCGAGUACGUCGGGGAGGUGAUUGACGAGGAGGAGUGCAGGUCCAGGAUCAGACACGCCCAGGAGCACGACAUCUGCAACUUCUACAUGCUGACUCUGGACAAGGAUCGGAUCAUCGACGCCGGGCCCAAGGGGAACGAGGCUCGCUUCAUGAACCACUGCUGUCAGCCCAACUGCGAGACGCAGAAGUGGACGGUGAGCGGAGACACCCGGGUGGGGCUGUUCUCUCUCGUGGACAUCGCGGCGGGCACAGAGGUCACGUUCAACUACAACCUGGAGUGUUUAGGGAACGGGAAGACGGUCUGUAAAUGUGGAGCGCCGAACUGCAGCGGCUUCCUGGGCGUCAGGCCAAAGAACAACCCUCCAUCGGACGACAAGGGCCGUAAGAUGAAGGGGCGGGGCCACGGCAAGAGGAAGAAAAAGGUGGUGGUGACCAAAGAGCGCGAGGACGAGUGUUUCAGCUGCGGAGACGGAGGCCAGAUGGUGUCCUGUAAGAGACCCGGCUGCCCCAAAGUCUACCACGCCGACUGCCUCAACCUCACCAAGCGGCCCGCCGGUCGCUGGGAAUGUCCGUGGCACCAGUGCGACAUAUGUAACAAGGACGCGGCGUCCUUCUGCGAGAUGUGCCCCAGCUCCUACUGCAACCAGCACCGCGAGGGCCUGCUCUUCAUCUCCAAGCUGGACGGCAAGCUGUGCUGCAGCGAGCACGACCCCUGCGGGCCCGAUCCCCUGGAGCCGGGGGAGAUCCGGGAGUACCCGCCCGAGCCCAGAGCCCCGACCCAGGGGCCGGGCGCGGCCGUCAACCCCUCCGCCGCUUCCAACGCCACCGACACCAACACCAGUAAGAAACCGACCGCCAGGAAGCUCCAGGAGGGCGGCGGCGGCGGCGGCGGUGGCGGCGGCGGCGGCGGCGGCGGCGCCCGUCCCUCCGAGUCGCUUCCUGCCUUUUCCAUCCCGGUUCCCGUCAAUGCUCCCGUCUCCCCACCAGCUUCCUCACCUCCGCCCUGCAGCUCCGAUGCUCCCGGCAGCCCUCCAGUGUACGACCUCCCGCACUACUCGCCCAUCUCCUCGUAUGAGGAGGAGAGGGAUGUGGAGGAUGAUGAGGAGGAAGAGGAAGAUGAGGAGGAUGAGUUGCUGGAGGAUGAGCUGCUGGAGGAAGUCGAGGAGGAGUCGGAGGAAGAGGGCGAGGUGGGGAGGCAGAAGUCCGUUUCUCAUGAAGAGGAUGGAGAGGCGGUGAUGGAAUAUGUUGACGUCAAAGAGGACGACGAUGAGGAGGAUGACGAUGAGGAUGAUGAGGAGGAGGAUGGCGACGACGAUGAUGAUGAUGACGAGGAGGAGGAGGAGGAGUGACGCACAGUGGAUCAUUCUUACAAUCGCAGGCCCUCCCAGGGAAGAUGAACCAGUCGCCCAGUCUGUCACUGAAUGGAGGAUUUCAGGACGCGACUAAAUCAACGCACAAGUAAAGUGUUCAUAAAUCAAAUAAACGGCAUAAAUACUGCAUAGAACCAUAUUUAUACACGGACCUUUCUCAUGCCGUUUAUUUAGUUUUGUCCCGAUCCUCGGUCACACGCUCACGACAGUGACUUUGCACACACACACACACACACACACGAGCGCCGACCCGCUCCUUCACCCGGGAGAUCUGACAGAGACAGUGAUCUGGACCCGCGCCACGAUGUACAACUUCAGAUUCGUGAACAUAUUUCACAACAAUAUACUUGUUUUUUCCUGCUGGUUUGUUUUGGUAUUUGUUCUCAGUCGUAUUUCAGCAAGUUGACCCUGCAAAACGUACGUAGUUGGAGAAAGUGAUCGUGUCCGCAGAGCCGGCGUGUAUUCUGUAGGUGUUUCGUGCUAGAACAGACUGCACUGUACCGUAGCUUCCUGUCCGGGUCGGCGUAAACCGCCUCGACUCGGUUACAUUUGAAUCAAAUAGUGGCCACGUUUUUUUUUUUUAAGAACCAGAAGAAGAAAAAAACAAACAUGAAUUUUUCCGUCACCUGCUUUCAAACAUGAAAUACGAAACAGACGCAGCUUCUCCCGCCGGACCGACGUGCUCCUCGUGGUCGGGAGUCGUUGCUUCCGGUUUCACUCCCCUCCGUCUCAACGGUGCUUCGUCAACAUCGGGGGAUCCUCAAUGAAGCGGGAGAGCGCCGCGUGGCUGAGACCGAAAGUAGCGAAAGGCGUUUUAUUUAAUUUAAUUUUUUACCAUUUCAUGCACCUCCCAGCCUCCAUAUAAAAAAAAAUGGAUCUCAAAUUGACGAGGAUUCUGUGUUUUUCCGAGAAUAAAGUUUAUGCCUCGGAGAAAUAGUUUACGCCGCCACGGCCGUCCUGCAGGUUGUCCAGAAGCUCACGUCCAUCACGGAGGGGUCUCGUGAUGGCGUGCUCUGCGGUCCUUAUUCAUAAACUGCUCUGAGGCACAAAUGAUGACGGGGAAACAAAGAGUCUUCGAUGGGACGCUUCCUCCAGUCUAUGUUCUUGCCACACGUGUUCCCGCUCUGUCUUCAAGCUUAAUAUCGUCUGUGUGUUAUCUGCCAUUGCCUUAGCGUGUUUGUUUUUUCUUUCUUUGGAGAUAUUUUUAAGGAGUGGUCCCUACUAAUGCCUUUUUACGGUUGCCCAACAAGCAGUGUUUCAUUCCAGUGUAAUUAUGACCCGGUAGAUCUCAACCAUUGACCUGUUAAAACAACUGCUAUAUAUAUAAAUAUAUGAGAAAAAGAAGUUAUGAAAUAA